UCUUCAAUGACAAUUACAUAUAUUUAAUCCAUUGUCUUCUUCUUCAAACGAAUCAUAAUAAGCAGAAACAAGAAAGAGAUAUGGUUAAAACCCAAAAAAAGAACAAGAAAGAUACAAGUUUUGACGCAGACGAUAAUGAGACGAUGAUAAUCAUCACAUCGAAACUUCAACAUGUAUUAGCCGCGAAAUCGAGAAGGCUACAAUACUUAUCAUCACCGGUAACGACUAAAGACGUGUCAUUGUCACUCAUGUCGUCCCCUGAUGAUUCACUCUCUCGCGCUUCGAUUCCUUUCUCAUGGGAAGAAGAACCUGGCAAGCCUAAACACCAUGUUCGUCAUCCUUCUUACUCCAAGUGUCUUGAUUUGCCACCGAGGAUGCUCUUUCCUGACGAAUUUACCAAAAUGCCUCGGACAGCGAAUCAUGGUCGUUAUCUCGCCGGGUGGAAACGGUGGUUCCGGUGGAAGAAAGAGAGAGAUGGUGAUGCUUAUGUGGCCGGAAGUGGAAGUUAUAUUUAUCCAUCGGAAGAUGAAGAUGAUACCAAGACCACAAGAACAAAAGGUCUCCAUUGUUUCUCUUACGUCACUAGGUGUUACUUCUGGGUAAAUUAACCUUAAACUUCAUUCUAUUUCUUUAAAAAAAAAAUUCUCUUGUCUUGUCAGAAAGAACAUGUUUGUAUCUUCUUUUGUUUUGCACGAAGUUCCAUGGAAGAACAAGAAGCUGAAAAUGAAAGCUUCUGUGAGAGCUUUUUAAAAAAAUAAUACAAAACAAUACGCCGUCGUUUACUUGUAUGGACCAUACUUACUCAAUUAUGGGCUUUUCUUAGUCUAUAUACUGGCCCA